AUGCGUUGCUGCAGACGGCAGUCCAGGUCGGAGCCGCCGUCGCUCCGAGGUGCCCUCGGCGGCCCCGCUCCUGGGCAGAGCGCUGGGGCUCCCUCUCCCGAGCGGCAGAGCUGGCACCGCGUUAGCAAGCCCGAGUCUGGCUACGGCUGUCCGCGACGGGGCACAGAGGACACUGGUAGGCGCGACUUGGGACGAGGCGCUGGCGGGGCAGCAGGGGCUAGCGCCGGCGCUGGCCGCGGAGGCGCGCCACGGCAGCCCGGGGCUGCCUCCCCGCCGGCGCCGCCUCAGCCCCGACACCUGCGUCUGACCCGGGCGCUGGCCCCGCGCAGCGUCCGCGGCAGCCGGGGCACGCGCCGCUCCCGUGACGCCCCGUGGCCCCUCCCCCGCACCCCCACCAGCUCCCCCGGGCCGCCUCACGCACGUGGGGGGCGUGGCGCCGGGCAAGCCUCCUCGCCCCGUCCCGACCAAUCAGCGCCGCAGAGAGCGCCGCCGCCCCAGCCAAUGGUGCGCGGGGAGGGCGGGGCCGAGGCGGCGAUGAUGGCGGCGGCGGCGGCGGCGGCGCGGGUGGCGCGGCGGGCUGGGCUGCGCCUGGGGAGGUGGAGACUGGUGGAUUCUCCUCUGCCAGCUGGUGUUCCAAAGCUUAGUUAUCGCUUUGCAUCAUCUCACAAGUACAUUCCCAGGAGAGCUGUGCUGUAUGUACCUGCGGACGAUGAAAAGAAGAUACGAAAGAUCCCGUCACUAAACGUAGAUUGUGCAGUGCUGGACUGUGAAGAUGGUGUGGCUCUAAACAGAAAGAGAGAAGCAAGACUGACUGUUGUGAAAACCCUUGAAGAGUUUGACUUUGGCCAUGCUGAAAAGUGUGUUAGGAUAAACUCCGUGUCCAGUGGCCUUGCAGAAGAAGAUCUGGAGGUGCUUUUGCAGUCCAAGACCCUUCCUUCAAGCAUGAUGCUGCCAAAAGUUGAAAAUGUUGAUGAAAUAAGAUGGUUUGCAGACAAAUUCUUACAUCACCUAAAAGGCCGAACACUUGUAGAACCAAUGAAUUUUAUCCCCUUUGUGGAAACUGCAGUGGGCUUGCUCAAUUUUAAGGCUGUCUGUGAAGAAGCACUGAGAAAAGGAUCCCAAGUUGGCUUUCAUUUGGAUGCAGUCAUCUUUGGAGGAGAGGAUUUCCGUGCCAGCAUAGGAGCAACAAGCAGCAAGGAAACUCACGAUAUUCUAUAUGCCAGACAAAAAAUAAUAGUCACAGCAAAGGCAUUUGGCCUUCAAGCAGUAGACCUUGUUUAUAUUGAUUUUCGAGACGAAGAUGGUCUCCGCAGGCAAUCAAGAGAAGCUGCCUCAAUGGGAUUCACUGGUAAGCAGGUGAUUCACCCCAACCAAAUUGCUGUUGUCCAGGAACAGUUCUCUCCGAGCCCUGAAAAAAUAAAGUGGGCACAAGAACUGAUUUCUGCUUUUGAAGAACAUCAGCGAUUAGGCAAGGGAGCGUUUACUUUCCGCGGGAGCAUGAUCGACAUGCCAUUACUGAAGCAGGCGCAGAAUAUUGUUACGCUUGCCACAGCCAUCAAGAAAAAAUGAGCUGGUAAAUGAAGCUCUCGCCAUGGGGCCACAGUAGCUGUUUUAAAAGAUGACUGUAAUACUUGGAGGGGAAAAUUAAAAAAAAAUAUAUAAUAAUAAAUUAAAGACAUCAAGCUUAAGCAGAAAUUCGUUUCCAUUUUGCAGAUCUGUCAUAGUUUGCUUGCCUGAGUUGUUAAUUACUAAAACUGUUCUUGACUCAAACCACCGCUCGCUCCUGCACAGCCCAAGCAAUGAAGUUACAUCACUGAGUGUGUGACAUCACGAUAAUGACUGCGAAUGCAGGAUUUUGACUUCACUGAAGGAGACAGGCAAAAAGUAAGCUGUGAGCUGUGUUCAAAGAGCAGAUGAAAACCGAGGCCAAUCGCUUCUGUUUGUAUCUAUGAUUUUAGCCAUCUACACCUCUUCCUGCUCUGGUGCAGAACACUCAUCAGAAAGGGUACAGCCUCAAAAAAUUACGCACUGGUUGAAAUAACUGCGGUGAAAAUCGUGACCCUAUGUGGGCUUUGCAUCCGUCCCCAUCCCCCACCCCCCUUCUGUAAAUGUGCAACAGCCAUUAAAAAUA